GCAACGGGUGAGAUCCCACAGAUAUAAACAAACGUUCGAGGUAAAAGCAUCUAACAAUAAGCUAUCUUAACUUCAAAGAUAUUUCGAAAAACUUCGUAAAGUGUACUGCAAAGAGUGUCUAUACAUAAUCUAUAAAAUAAUUUACAAGGAAAUCAGUUAACAAGGUCAAACAUGUCAUUAAUACCAUUAAUCUUUUCUGACUGGUGGGAAGAUCUGGAUAGACCACAUCAUCUACAGGAUCAGGACUUUGGUCUGGGAUUGCAUCCAGAGCAGCUGAUGACGCCUCAAAAGCUUAAUUUACUUUAUCUCCAGCCUCGAAGAUCUAACUACAUCAGACCUUGGACAGAACUUCUUCGUCAAGGAGACAGAGGUGUUUCUACAGUAGAAGCAGACAAAGAUAAGUUCCAAGUCACUCUUGAUGUACAGCAAUUCAAGCCUGAUGAAAUUGAUGUGAAAGUUGUUGAUAAAUAUGUUGUUAUCAACGCCAAACAUAAAGAGAAACGUGAUGAACAUGGCUGGAUAUCUAGAGAAUUUACAAGAAAGUACCUGAUUCCAGAGCAAUGUGAUGUACAGCAAGUAGUAUCAAAAUUGUCAUCGGAUGGAAUACUCACUAUUAUGGCACCAAGAAAAGAGACACCUAAAUCAAAGAAUGAAAAGGUUAUUAAAAUUGAACUAACUGGCAAACCUGUACUCAAAGAAAAGGAAGAAGAAAAGAAAAUGGAAAAAAGCAAAUAGUUUAGUUCAUUAUGUUUUUUUAUAGAUAAUCAUUCCACAUUGUAGAUUUUCACAUUCUAAUUUUCAUUUAUUAGAAAUAUUUUUAUUUAUGUAUUUAAAGUUAAAGUUAGUAAAUGUACAAAUGUAACAAACGAUUAAUUUUGAUAAUAUUAUAUGAUAAUAUUGUAAUAAUAAAUAAUAUUUAUUUAUACUAUGUAGACUGAGCUUUUCUCAAUUACAAAAUUACUGCAUUAGAAUUGCUCAUUUGUCAUUAGAAAACAAACCAAUGAUGUACAUUCAAAUUGAAUAAUAAAUAAAGAAAGU